UGAAGCUAUAAAGGAAACCUUACACUUGAUUAAAGCAGAACAUGUUAGGGUGCUUCAACUAAAGGUCGAACGAGUAGAUUGGCAAAUUAAAAUUGGUAGUGAAAUAAAAAUGUCAAAUAAAGCAAGCUCUGAACGCCCUAAGCGUUACUUUGGUGUGCAUUACCGUCUUUUGAGGUUCUUGGGGCUUGGCUGGUGGCAUCACCCAGACGAAAAUAAUUUCAGCAAUUUUCCUAGCGGGUAUCUCUAUUACUCUAUUCUCACUCAAGUCGUCUGGGUGGCGGGUUUCGUCGGACUCGAAACCAUCGAUCCCUUCGUUGGUGAAAAGGAUAUCGAUCGAUUCAUGUUCAGUCUCUCAUUCGUCAUUACCCAUGAUCUCACUUGCAUCAAGCUUUAUCUUUUCUUUUUCAAAAACCGUGCUAUCCAGGAGAUCGUUCGCACCAUUGAAAUCGAUGUUUACGAUUACUAUCAAAAUGUCCAAAAAAAUCGCAGAACGAUCAGGAUUACCAGGAUAAUGACAGCGUCUUUUGUUUUCUUCGGGUGGAUUACUAUUGGCAAUACAAACGUCUACGGCACUAUUAUGGAUUUAAGAUGGAAGAGAGAGGUAGCUCUUUUAAACGACACUGCCGUGAAGCCGCCACGGACGCUCCCUCAACCUAUCUACAUACCAUGGACAUAUCAGUCGGAUGAAUCAUAUAUCGCGACGUUCGUCCUGGAGACAGUGGGCUUGCUGUGGACGGGACACAUCGUGAUGACUAUAGACACAUUUAUCGGGUCACUCAUUCUUCACAUGAGCUCUCAGUUCUCGAUACUACAAGAGGCAUUCAUGACUGCAUAUGACCGCGCUCUGUCGCAACUAAUCUCAGACAUGCCGCUCGAUAUUAAUAUGCAGGGUGAAUUACUUAAUGAGAAUAUUGACUUUCCUAAAGACCGUCUGGAUGAGAUAGAAGUUAAAGUUAAAACAUUUUACACUGACACACAAAUUGAAUCUGCUAUAGAAAAAUCGGUGAAUAGCUGUCUUCGCCAACAUCAAUUGCUGAUUAGCUGCGUGGAAAAGUUCCGAGCGACUUACUCGUAUGGCUUCAUGACUCAGCUGCUGUCCAGCAUGGCUGCCAUUUGCGUCGUCAUGGUGCAAGUUUCGCAAGAUGCAUCGAGUUUCAAGUCGAUCCGUCUGGUAACAUCCCUGGCGUUCUUCAUUGCAAUGAUAAUACAACUCGCCAUACAAUGCUUCACGGCAAACGAGCUUACACUUCAGGCUGAACGCGUUUCGGAUGCGGUCAUGCAAUCAAAAUGGGAGCGUAUGACACCUCGCAUACGCCGGUACCUUUUGAUGGCGAUGGUGCGAGCACAGCGGCCUCUGAGGCUAUCUGCCGCCGGCUUUGCCUACAUGGACAACGGGUGCUUCUUAGCAAUAAUGAAGGCUGCCUACUCUUACUACGCAGUCUUGAGCCAGAAGGAGGUGUAGACAGAUUAAAUACUAUGUAGCAGAUACGCCACUUCAAGACAUUGGUUUUGGUGUUGUGAGAAAAUGUGAGACAUUGUCACCUUAAGGGUGAAUCCACGUAAACGUAACGUGAGUCACGACUUCAUUGAUUGUUUAUUUGAUCUAUGCAUAUAUCGGGAAAGUAACACUUAUUUAGAGAUAGAUUAUCACUUGAACUUGCACCAUGAAUAAAUGGAACAGGCCAUAAAAUUGUGACUCUUAUUACCGCUAAUUGACCCUUAAUAGUGUACCCAGCAGGUCAAGUGUCAAUUAAAAGUAGGCUAAGAUUUUAGUUUAGACUAAUAUUAGUAUUUCUUCGACAGUAUUUAUUGUCUGACAAAUAGUACCUACCUAAUAUAAUAUAUGUUGCUUGGUAAGUUAGAAUGUAACGAGUAAUAAGUACUUUUUUUGUAGGUUCAAAAUCUGUUGCGGUUUCAAUUAGGUUUGGUACUUAACGGUAUUUUUGAACAACUUUUGCAUUAAUAAUCAUACAUCGGGGUUUUGGGAGCGGGAAUGAUUUACACUAGCCCAAAAAUGGUGAAAACGAUAAAAGAUAAACAUUACUUUAACAUUUCUAGGUACAUUUGGAGCCAGUUACAUAGUUAAAUACAUAUUUCAGUAAUUCAAAUUACUAUAAACAAAGUUACAAAUACACGAAUUCAUUCCCGCACCCAAAACCCCGAUGUAUGUUAAUAAAAGAUACAUAAUCUAUAUAUAUAAAAUGCAAAGUCCUCACAGACUGACUGACUGAAAUCAACGCACAGCCCAAACCGCUUGUUACUUAUAUGCACGUGUGACACGCAUAACUCUAGAAGCUCCAUAUUUAACGUAACCAUAAAAACUUAAGGUCGUCAAACUCUAAGCAAAUCAUAACUGUUCGUCGUCAAACUCUAAGCAAUUCAUCCUAAAUUAUAACGAAAUUAAAGACCUAGUGAUACCAAACUGAUUUACGAUCUACCAUAUAACGUUUUCCCAAUAAGUGGCA